AUGAACCGUUUCCUGAGAGCUGGGGAGAAUGGAGGGCUUCUGACGGACUGCAGGGAGCUGUCACCCAACCACACCGCCUCCUCCUCCACCUCCUCCUGCACCGCCUCCUCCAUCUCCAUCACCUCCGCCUCCUCCUGCGCUCCUGGCUCAGCCGACAGACACGCGGCCUUGCCCUCGCUCCAGACCCGGGGACCUGUCGGCGGUGGCGGCGGCAGAGGCGGCGGGUCGGAGCCGAGGAGAUCCGCGCUUAGACGCAGCCGAGCCGGUCGGGAGGGACGAGAGGAACCGGAGGCGGCGGAUCACUCAGCGGCUGCCGACGCGGAGCGCAGCGGCGGCGAGGUGUGUGUCGGGCUCGGUAAGCAUCAGCUGCAGCAGCUUCAGUUUAAGGAAGCUGAACGGAGCGUCGGUGGGGAAGGUGUGGAGAUGAUUUCAGCGGUCAGCAGAGACACUGAUGGCAGUGGCGGGAGCGGCAAUAUCAACAACAACAACGGCGUCUCCGAUGUGACCACGGCCUCCUCUGCGACAUGCGCCAAAGGCAAGGAGGAAAGAAAGGGGAAAAACGUGAUCCGGGGCUGGAAGAGGGAGAGAGACAGGGAGAGGGACGCUGCCGCUCUUCCAGCCCGGACUAGGAAGGAGAAGCCCGGAGAUGGCUCGUCUCCUCCUCCCUCCCUCUUCCUCCCUUCGUCCGCCCUGCCCGAUCAUCAUCUGUGCCGCGACGGCCCCGGACACUGCCACUGCGCCGCACCGGACUCCAGGAUCAUGGGAGAUAAUAGCAACAUUUGCAACGUAAACAAUAACAAUAUUAGCGGGAUUAGCGGCGGCGGCUCUGCCAAUAAAACCGCGCUGGAUUGUGGAGUUAAAAGCGGUGGCGGUGCUAUUGUUGUCAGGCGGCAGCAUGACGACACGCCGGCGGCCAAGAAACACAGAGGAGCCGAUAAGGUGGACCCCAUGUUUAUGGUUCCAGCUCCGCCUGCUCCAGGUCACCCCUUGGCCCCUGGAUCCUCUCUUCCAUCAGCCCCUUCUUUCUCCCCUCCGGCCUUGCCCACCUCCAACCCCAAGCAGCUGGCUGUGAGAACGAGGUCUAUAGGCACCAACACGCAUGAUGGAGGCAUCUCAGGAGCACUGGAGGGAGACUCGGCCUGUCUGGGGCCCUGCCAGCCUGGGACCAGUGUCAACCUGGAGGGCAUCGUCUGGCACGAGACUGAGGAGGGUGUGCUGGUGGUGAAUGUGACGUGGAGGAAGAGAACCUAUGUGGGAACUCUGUUAGACUGCACCAAACACGACUGGGCUCCACCAAGGUUUUGCGAGUCUCCAUCCAGUGACCCUGAGUUGCCAGGUGGGCGUGGACGGGGGAAAAGGAUGCGGAUGGCCAUGGCCGAGAGGACCUGCGUUGAGCCUUCCCCUGCUGCCAAAGUUAGGGGUCUGUCACAGCACAGGAGCCGUGGCGGUGGUGUGUCUGGAACCACUGCACCCAUUCACAGCAAGGGACGGAGAGGAAGCCUGAACCUCAUCAACAGCAACUGCCGAGCGCCUCCUUCUUUCUUCACUGUUGAGGAGGUAAAACCAUCCAACAGCACCUCCUCUCUCUCCUCCGGGAAGCGGAAGAACAAACCACCGGCUGACCUAGACCUCAGUCUGGUCUCCUCUGACGACAUAAAAAAUGGGAAUGGAAAGAGAAUCCGAGCAAAAUGCCGCAGUGCCCCCUCCACGCCGCAGGGCAAAUCUGACCCCUCCUUCAUGGACCCUGGAGGGGGUUGUGCCUCCUCACCCCCUCCCCCUCCUAUUCUCAUUGACUGCCCGCACCCGAACUGCACUAAACGCUACAAGCACAUCAACGGCCUGCGCUACCACCAGACACAUGCACACCUUGAGGCUGAGGAGCAGAGGAAGCCUGAACUGGAGCCCAUGAAGGAUGGGGAGAGUGAGGAACGACUAUCAGACUGUGAGGACACGAUCAACAUGGCAUAUGACCUCUCAGAGACAACCAGCACUAAUACCAUCAGCUCCUCUAAGAAACCUGCCCCUCUAUAUAAAGUGACCACAGUGGGGUCUCCUAAGAACAGACGACUACUCCUCAGUACUGACCACAGCCCCUCAGCCAACCCCAAGACCAGAAGAACCUCUCUGCUAAAAGAUGGUCUGAUUGAUGACCUUAGCAAUCUUCCAAUCAUCUCCAACAUGACCGUGGUUUUGGAGAACUGCAUGGUCCCAGACAGGAACUCCACAGUUGAGAUGCCCAAGCUGGAAGCUGAAGGAUUGAUUGACAAAAAGGGAGGUGCAUGCGACAAGGGCAAAAAGGCCAACGGUAAGGUAGAGAAACUGUCCAAGUCACGGACCAACCGACCUAUCGCUCCGGCCCCUGCUCCUCCCAAGCUGGUAGCUAUACCCAAUACAGCGUAUCCAACCAGCACAGCAGAUACUGCCAACUCACAGCAGCCCUCACCUAUGGCAGCCGUAGGUCUAACCAGUAAAAACCUUCCCCUGAAACCCAUCAAACCAAAGCUGAGCAUUGUUGUGGAACCAAGCCUUGUCAAAGCCUCUCUGGUUACCUGCAGCAAAGAAACCAGGAAGAAAGAGAAACGGAGACUGAAGGACAAACAUAACAAAGAUGCACACACCAGGACCCCUAAUGGCGACAGCAUUGCAAUCAAAAUAGAAGAUAGUGGUACUGGUGGUUCCAAAAUGGCUGUUAAGGAAAUUUCUGGAAGCCUUCUGAAGGAGCACCUCAGUAAGCAGGAUGUAAUCAACGGGCUCACAGAGAGCCAGGAGAGCAGGAUGGCCAGUAUCCGGGCUGAGGCUGACAAAGUAUACACCUUCACCGACAACGCCCCUAGUCCGUCCAUUGGUGGUUCAUCGCGGCUUGACUCCAGUGGUGGUUGCCUUGCAACAGAUAGCAAGAACAACAGCCCAGCCUACUCUGACAUCUCAGAUGCCGGGGACGAUGGAGGAUCUUCCGAAUGUCGUUCGGAUGGAAUACGGUCAAAGUCUGCCUCCUCGGCCUCUUCAGAGGUGAGCUCUAACAGUAACCAUGGCAACUCUGGUAAAACCCCACCCACGGCAUCUGCCCCACAAUCAAAAGACCCCCAAUCCCCGUACUACCAUAGCUAUGAGCCAUACUACCUACAGGGGUACAUGCAGUCGGACAGGCAAAACAGCAGCAGCGUUUCUUUCCACAAAAGCGCUGGACUUGAUGGCAAAGGCAAAGACAGAAAGGAAGAGGUGAAAGAUGAUGACAAAAGCCUCUCUCACGAGUUCUCAGACUCAAAAAAAGGUGAUGGGCUGCCUCAGUCUCAGCUCCAGCUAGCUAUGAGCCAGACACAGACUGCGUUGGCCCAGUCGUUGUACUAUGGCCAGUACUCAAGAGGACUGUACAUGGACCAAAAAAUGUUGCUGGCUGCAAAGUGCUGUGACCAGACACACAGUGCCAAGCAGAGGGGCGAGAGAGGGCAGGGGGUGAGAGACAGUGAGGAUGAAAAACAUUUGGUUGGGGGUUUAGCUGGUGGACCCAUGCUAGGCAAAGGUCCAGAUGGCCUUAAAGGUUGCUGUCCCAAACCUGUCCUGUCCUACGUGGAGUUGAGUGAGAGGGGAGAAAGGGGACAGAGUCUGGGCGUGAAGGUAGUGCACGGUGGCAUGGUGGACCAGCACCAAGUCUUGCUGAAAGACUGUGAUGACAUCAAGUCACCUUCCUCUUCCUCUUCUUCAUCAGUCCACAACCCAAACAGUCAGACAGAUCUGGACUCAAAUGUUGCCUAUUCCAGUCCCUCAGACGGCCAGGCCUGGGCUCAUUGCCUCGCUCACAGCAAAUACUCAGAGCUACAACAUGGGGAGGAGGCGGAGGAAGGGGAAGCAGACAGGGCAAAAGAGUGGGGCUCUUCUGUGGAGCCUGCUGGUGCCAAGAUGACCUCAGGAGAAAGAGGUAUGGCCGGAGAUGCUAAAAAAGCCAGGGUCCAUGAUCUCCCGCCCGCCAUCGACGUGGAGGAUUCAGACAGGCUGGAUGGGCUAGAUGAUCAGGGCCAGGAGCCAAUAGGAGGGCUGGCCGAGGAGUCCCAGAGUGUCCGAUUGGCGGUGUCCCCUCCCAUGACCCCCCAGCAGCCCUACAUCCAGUACCAACACUCCUCCUACCCACCCUACCUGGCAAUGUGUGAGAGCGCCGGGGGCUCCUACAGAGGGGUUUCCCCAACCCUGGUCCACAAUUACCCAGGUUUCCACUACCCUCUGUAUGGUAAGACGGCAGGCAGGGAGGAGUCGGAGGUGACUCCACCUGGCAGGGGAGGAGCAGUGAGCAGCAAGCAGAGUGGAGACUCGUCCUCGUCAUCUGCCAUGGAGCUGCUGCAGCAGCAGAGCCAUCAGUACCACGGGAAAUCCCCUGCUCCCGGUGAGAAGGGCUCCCCCGAGGGAGAGAGGGAGACGGAUAGAGAGAGGAACCACGUGUCAUUCGCCCGACACCUCCACACACACCAUCACACACACCUGGGUAUGAGCUACAACCUGAUGUCAGGACAGUACGACAUCUACCAAGGAUUGAGCUCCAGGUCGCUGGUCUCCAGUCAGCAGGCGUCAGGACACUCCUCUACUGAGAGCGAUGGGAAGAAGUAGGACCAUGUGAGAGGCCAGGUCUCACAUAAGGAACGGCAGAUUUAUCAGACAUCAAUUCCAUGGUGUUUAAUAAGCUUCGCCUCGCUGAGAGGCAGAGAACUAAAAAAAAAAAAUUACUCUCAUUUCUUAAUAAUGAAAACCACCUGUUUUAUAACACGUCAUCGAAGAGCAGACAACAGAACAGAGAGCGGGAUCGGGAGGAUCAAUCUGAACGAAUGCAGAUCACUGACUGUGGAAGCUUUCAGGUUUGCAGCAUUUAGCAGAAGCAGCAGCGCGUAUAUAAAACCCUGAGCGCUGUGCAUCAGCCCAUCUGAAGCUGCAGCUUCAUAAAAUGCACAUUUAAGGUAGUGUAUAAUGAUGAUGAUAUGACUGAAUGUACUGAAGAUGACUUACUUUAUCCCAAGAGUGUUGAUUGUUUUUUUUAAAACUCCUAUCGGGAAACAGCAUAAAGAAGCUAAAAAGUCUAUUAUUAUCCUUAUUAUUCUCAUUCUGAUUAUUGAAGUGGUCCUCUUCCCUCCAUAGUGCUGACGCUACAUUUGUAUUACUAACCUGUACUUGAGCGUAACCAUGUUGAUUGUAUUGUCUUUAUGUGAGAGUAAACCUUCACAUCGACCUGCCCAGUGCCAUGUAGGAACCCAGUGGUGUAUAUAUUCUGUACAGACUCAUGGCAGACCACUAACACGCUUUAUGGUACUCUAUGUUGAUCUCCAUCAGCCAUGCAGGGGAGCAGCGGGCGGAGCUAGCAGCAGCAUAAACAUUAUUUCUUCAUUAGACGAGUUUAGUUCCUCUUUUGGCGAGAAUGUUUUGCCAAAUGAAAACAAAGUAAUCAAGUAGUUGCUUAAACAGAUUUGGAAAUGGUCGAACCAAAUCCACAGUGAGAAAUGGCUUAUGAAAGCACUGACUAAUGUAUAUUUUGAUAGUAAAAUGGAGGCUUUGUUGGACUUUUGCAUUGAAGAUUACAGUCUAUACUAUUGUCUAUCUUGGCGCACAAUAAGGCAUGUUUUUGCCCCAUGACUCUACUUUUUUCUACAGGUAACUGUGGUAGGAUUGAAAUAGUUACCAGGUUUUCUUUCUAUCAAGUUGUUCUAUCUCUGUUUAGAUCAAAGUAGUGUACAAUAGAUCAAGAAUGAAAGGGUGUGAAAAAAUAUUUAGUUCAUUACUUAAAGGGUGCUAGGAUUGAUAAAUGACCUGCUGGGUUUUCACUGAAACAGUCACUUACUUCCUAUUAUAUCACUGUAAUAUGAUCAACACUCAACAGCAGCAUCUUAAACUGGAAGUACAACAUGAGGCUAAAUGAGUGAAUACUAAUGGUGGAUACCGUUAAGUGCGUGCCAUUUUGUUUGAACACGAGAGAUGGAUUACAAUUAUAUUUUUAAGUCAGAGCACUUCUUUGGGACAUUUCCAGUGUUAACAUCAGUGUUUGCUCAUUUUCUACAUCUAUUUAUUUAAAAUAACCUCUACAGCCUACAAUUUACUAAAAACUAAAUGGAAUUUGGUAUGUUUGCUCAGGUACUAUAGUGAAUUUAUGACCAAAAAUAAGCUUCAACAUAAGUUUAAAAAAAACGUUGUGUACUCAUGUCUUGUUUACAGGAACUUACAAUGUGUAUAUGAACGCCUUUUCAACAGCAGUUUCAGAACAUUCUUGAUUAAAUACAGAGUAGAUUGAAGUGUAGAGCAAAAGUUGCAAAUUGAUGCCACAGCUGGAAACCAUUCAAAGUAUAUAGGAACAGAUGAUUUACACUGGAAUUGCCCUUUAAGUAAAAUACAGUCAUGUUUGCAUUCAGUAAUCCACCGUUUUCAGGAGUUCAACAAUCCUUUGCUCCGCCCUUGCUCCCAUGCCUUUUACAAGUUAACUAGCUCACUGCCGGCCGCUGAUAGACAGAAUGGUCAGUUUUUGUCUUUUGUGCAAAAAUAGCUCCGCAUCUUUAGCUGUUUUUAUAUUUGUCUGUAGCUUUUAGCGAAAAAGUUAACGGAGUAAGGAUUAGGUCAGGGGAUGGGUGGGACUUUCACUUAGGGAACUGUGUAAAACCAUGAUUUAAUUGGAAAUGUAACUACCUAUCUAUACUAGCGCAACUUUCAUAGAUAUUUUACCAGAACGUUGACUUUUUUGUCACAUACCUUCCGCACAUGCGUAACGCCACUUCCGUAGUCCCUGUAACUCAGACCACAAUCUUUUAUUAAACCUAAACAAUUAGUUGUAUUGCAAUACAUAACAAAUUGGUAUCCCGUAAGGAAGCUGAUUUUGAAAAGCCUGAAUUUAUGUAAGGAGUGAAAAACGCUAACUUGACUAUUUCCAAUAAGACUGGGAACUAUUUGAUCAUCCUUUGAUGAUAGCCUGAAAACGAUAUCGACAGAUAAAACUAGAUAUUUUAUAGUUUAAUGACUAAUUCAAGACCUUUUCCUUAAAUUGAAAGGUUUUGCUGGAUUUUGAGGAGAACAUACGUUAAAUAGAGAUAACUUUUUGUAAGAUUAAUUUCAUAAACAUUCUUUGAUAAUGUGUUGUUUUCAGAGAUAGGGACAGAACGUAUUUACUUCGAUAUUUCCUGAUGGUUAAAAGAGGAUUAUCAUCAUCAAAUUGAUGGAAUAUAUUAAAUAUUAACAAUUUCUUAGCUUAUUAAAAAGAGGCACAUUGUAUCAUUGUGACGACAUGGCUUUCAUUAGUUUUAGCUAAUUGAUUAUUGUAGAAAAGUCCAGAUUUAAAACAAUAGCUUUUUAUUUUUACUAUUCUUCCUAUUUUGCCAUUGUAGCAAACCCGACUAUCAGCGGCUCUGCCUCACUUACACAACACCUUACCUGCAUAGUGUCAGUGAUCAUUCUAUUACUUGAAUAUAGUGCUAUGAACUCUGUUUACAAAAUGCUGUCAUCUUUGGGAGACACAGUGUUGUCUUAUAAAGGCUGCUUGGUAUAUGUUCAGUUCAUCCACCUGUUGUAUCCAGUUAAUAACACACUGAAAUAGUAUAAACAUAAACCUGCUGUUGCUUUUUUAUACUGUAUAUGCCUUAAUUCAUAUGUUUGGCAAUCAUGA